UGCAUUGGAUCAGUUGAUAGACAUUUUCUGGAUCUCAGUAUGUCGAGUAAUCUGACUGUGUGUGGAGUAUGUGAAUACCGAAACAUCAGCAAACCUUCAGUGGUCUGGUGUUCAGAAUGUGAUGAAGGACUUUGUGAGGGAUGUAGAGAGCAUCAUGCUGCUUCGAAGGCGACUAGAAUUCAUAGUAUUGUUCUACAAUCCGAUUACCAGAAUUUACCUUCUGAUAUAUUGAAAAUCACCAACACAUGUUCAGAACACGAUGAAAAAUACGUUAUAUUUUGUAAGAAGCAUGAUAGUCCAUGUUGUAGUCGAUGUGUCGUUGAAACACAUAACGAUUGCAAAGAUUUAAACGCGAUAGAUGACGUCAUUAAGGAUGUAAAAUCUUCAAGUGCAUUCUUAGAGAUGGAACAAAUGUUGACAGAACUUUCAGAAAAUUUACAGAGAAUAAGAAAAGAUCGACAAGAAAACAUUAAAAUUUUACGAGAGAACAGGACAAACAUAGAAAAAGAAGUCCAGCAGACAAGAAGCCUGAUUAACAAUCAUCUUGAUAGGUUACAGGAAAAUUUGAUAAAAGAGUUGUAUGACGUUGAGAAAAAUGAAAACAAAAUCAUCACAAACAUAAUAUCAUUAAUAGAAGAGAAAGAAAGAGAAAUUAUCAAAAGUCAAACUAAUUUAGAUAAAGUUAAAAAGCAUGCAUCAGACCUCCAGACGUUUCUGGCUUUGAAGCACAUCCAACGAGAUGUCAGUAACAACGAACAAUUUAUGGAAUCGUUGAUAAAGGAAGAGAAAUUGAACAAUGCAUCUAUUUCUUGGAAAAAUGAAAAUGCUUUAGAGAUUUUACCUAACCAAAUCAAGAAGAUGGGAACCAUAAUUCUAGAUACGAAGGCAGGUGAAGCAACAUUAACAAACAGGAAAAACCAACAAGCUCAGAUAAUGCUGCCAAAUACAUAUGUUCCUACCAUUGAUGAUAUAACACUUACUUUAAAACAGACCAUGAAGACAAUAGGAAUUGAUAUCACAAGUUGCUGCUUGUAUGAUGGCAGGAUGAUUUUCUCCUGUUUUAAUAGUGAACAAAUUUACGUCCUGAAAACCAACGGGUCUUUAGAUUUUACAUUGAAUCCUGGAUCGCAUACUUCGCAUAUAUACUAUAUUGAAGAAAGCCAAAAACUCCUUGUAGCACCUGGUCAUGACUUCACCUGCAUUACAAUUAUUAACAUGAAAAAUAGAAAAACUGAGAAAUCUAUUAAAGUUGGAUCAGAGAUUUAUGGAAUUGUUCACAAAGAUGGAAAUGUGUUCUAUAAUGGAGGCAGUCGUGGAUUAUGUGUUGUAGGUUUAUAUGACGACGACUCUAUAACACAGCUAGUUAACGUUAGAUUGUCUACAUAUAGUAGCAUUGUCAUGUGGUCAGAUAAUCUUUACUUUAUAACCUAUGAUGAUACAGUAUCAUGCUGUGAUCUCCAAGGGACAUUGAAAUGGAAAUUAGAGCAGAAAAAUAUUUUUACAAAGGCUCGAGGUAUAACAGUGGACAAUUAUGGACGUGUUUACGUAUCGUGCUAUGGAUCUAACAUGGUCGUCGUUAUUUCACCAGAUGGAACCAAACACAGGGUGUUGCUGUCAAAGAAAGAUGGUAUUAAAAACCCACAAGCUUUGUGCUUCGAUCAAAAAAGUAACAAGUUACUUAUUGCAAACAAAUGCAAUGACGCAUUUCUUUAUAACGUUUCAAAAUGA